UUAGAAAUUGCGAAUCAUAUUGCAAUCAAAUAUUGCAAUUGCAUAUCAAAAAUACUUUUAUUCUUUAAUGCGGACGGCAAUAUAUUCUACAAUAAUAUUUAAUAACAAACUGGAUUGACUUUAUCUAAAUGACUAUAGAUCUAAAAUAUAUUUAGACCUACAUGUAUACACAACUAAUUAUAUAUGCUGAACUCAGUAAUGCAUUGAAGAUAAGUGAUAAGGCCAUUGGCAAUUAUUAGCUUUGCAGGUACGUAAUUCGAAAAGUUUGAUAAAGUUACGCUGACAUAAGUUGAAAAAAUUGGGUAGUGCGGGUCUGGUUUUUGAAGAGAACCUUUUACAUGUGUAACUUAUUAUUGAAAAUUAUUUACUUGAAUGUAAUUAGUUUCGGUAAAUGAAUUUGUGACAUAUGUGCCGCACAAACAUCAUUCUCUAAGUCGAUUACAACGAAAAAUAUUAUCUAGAUCUAAUGUUUACGAUAUUUAGUGGAAUUGAAUUUCUGUUAGUUUUUUCAAGAUAUCUCUUAGUAGCAUGUAUUGAAUUAUAUUAGUGUCUAAAAAGAUUUUCUAGAAUACCUACUGAUAUAUCUUGCGAUAAUGUUAUUUCAUCAGGCUUUUAAUAUAGUAUUAAAAUGAUUUGAUUUUGAUAUUCUGCUCGGAACACUGUUAGUUUUUUAUGAUAUCGAGAAAUUUUUACUUCAAAAGUUCAAUGCAUAAACGCAUCAUGCACAGGUAGAUAUGCAAAAAUAUGAAUGUUAGAUUUACUUAGUAUUUUGAAACAGAAUUGAUGAAACACUGAUUUCAUCGGUCUCUUGUCGUCAGCUAAUACUAUCAUUUCCUGAAUCAAUUUCCCCAACUUUCUUAUGCAAGCAUGACACGCAUAACAGAUGAAAUUCAUUACCCGCUCACAUACGUGGAUCUAGCUGUGUGGGUAUCAAUAAUGCAAUCCUAAUUUCAGAUUUUUCAUACAAGUGUAUGUAUAAUCUGCCAUUGCCCUCAAAUGUAACGUAAGAUCUUCCAUAUUCGUAGUAGCGAGUAUAACAGCGCCAUGCUAUACCGCGAUAAACGGAAAAUAAAACCAACAGCCUUUAAGGCUGUUUCUUACCGCCACACACACUCACACACACGCUCCCAGUUGCCUCACUUACUAAACUCUUGCUCAAACAGGCAAGCUAUUUUCAUCAAACCAGUUUGGUUUCUUAAAAAUAGUUAAUGCAACGAUAGAGAUGGCAUGGGAACCAGCUCUCAGCCACAUUGCAAAGUGGUUGUUGAACAGAGAGAACCUCCGCCUCCCGCCAGGUAGGGCUCGCCCCAGGACAACAUGCCAUGCAAGGCUAACGCAUCAAAACAAAAUAGUCCAUGAAAAAAUAGUUUACUACCUGGCUGGGAAGAGCAGUAAAUAACCCGUCAGCCCAGUCUUUUUGGCUUACCCUUUUUACAAGACUCUAAUCUUUGAUACACUUUAUGUAAAUUUAGAAACGACUUAAGGCAGUUAAGUUCUAUAAAUAGAAAGCAUGGUGCUUGCAAAAAGUUUUCAACCCAUUCUAGGAAAACCUGAUACUUAUUCAUUGGUUUGAUUGUGAACUGGCUAGAAUUCUGAACAUCUAUUUAGAUUAAAUGAUGGAUAAUUUGAGAUGCUCAAGUAAUUAUUCUUGAGAAUGAAAUUGAUAAGUCAUUAGAAUACAAUCUGUUGUAGAGGUGAAAUUGCAAAUUUUUUCGAAUAUAUAGGAAAUAAUAUUUUACAUGAAAACAAAUGUACGAGGCCACUGCAAAGAGAUGAUAUAAGAUGACUGCACAAAUAGUAAAUAAUUUUUUAGUAGAAGAUAUUACUGUUACGCUAGACCCGCUAAACACAGUCAUUGAUGUACAUAAUGCGGAAUGAGUUUACGACUGUAAUAAAUAUAGUAGCCUGAGAUAACAAAACAAUCCGACUAUGCAUUAAAAAAUUUUAUCGCCAAAAAUAUCAAAAUGACUAGAUGAAAAUGCAUUAGAGAUCUAUCAGAUAUAAUCACUUGAAUAAAUAUAGAAAGAGUCACACAAGCAUUGUGAGAUUGUCAGGCAAUAUUAUUACAUCGUGACGCUAUCAUUAAAUCGAGCAAAAAAAUUACCAGAUUGUGUGGGUGGGACUUAGAUGUGCAAACGGUAAGUAAAGCCUGCAGAUGCCUCAUGCACCCCCUCCGGCAAGCAUAAAGGUGAAGUACAAUGCAACAGUGGCACAUAGAAAGAGAAGCAAUCAGCCCUGUUGAGUAAACACAAUAGAUAGAUGAUACGUGUGACCAUGCUGGCUAAUAUUGGUUACUCAAGUUCAAGACUGGGUUGUUCUCCGUAUCCCGAUGAAGCAGAGUAGAGUGAAGGGGAUACGAAGUGACGCUUGGAAGCCUUGUUAAGAACUUGGUAGUGGAAUGGUUCAUCGGUCGUUGUUACCUGAAGAAGAAUCUCCCACCCUUCAGCAAAUCUCCCCAAUCCACUACCUGCAGAGUGCUGCUGCGAACCUUCCUCUUCAGACACCGUAUCGAAACUCCAGGUGCUGAAAGUAUGGUCAAUCAGAGUGACUUUUGCUAGCAGCGUCAUGUAUGUACCUACUAAAAGAUAAACAAACUUCCCACUUAGAACGAGGUUGUUGAAGGUAUAAAAAACAACUUGAAACGAGUUUUGGGUACUGUUGGAUAACAUAUUGCUUAUGGUACUUCAGCUUGCAACCAGAUUUUCUAAUUGACUAUGGCAGUAAAAGCAAAAAAAACGAAGCUGGUACCUCCUGACGGAGGCUGGGGCUGGGUCGUUUUAUUCUCAGCAUUAACUGUUAACUUUCUUAUCCCUGGAACUGUGAAGUCGUUCGGUGUGCUGUUUGUAGAAUUUUUGCAAGUUUUCAAAGCAUCCCCUACAGCAGCGUUAUGGAUGCCAGCACUCUGCUAUUUUUUAUAUAGUUUUUUAGGUCCGUUAUCAAGCAUUCUGUCGAUGAAAUAUUCUUACCGAACUGUUACGCUUAUUGGUGGUACAUUUGCUGCAGGAGGAAUGAUGCUGAGUUAUUUCGCAAAUUCCGUCAGUUAUCUUUAUCUCAGUUAUGGAGUAAUGGUUGGCAUUGGAGCAGGUUUAUCAUUUCCUCCAACAGUAUACAUAGUUACCGCUUAUUUUGAAAGAUUACGGGGAUUUGCUAACGGGCUCUGUAUAUCCGGAAGUGCUAUUGGGACUAUUGUUUUACCACCUUUCCUACAGUAUCUACUUGAUCAUUUUGGAUACAGAGGAGCUGUAUUACUCAUGGGUGGUAUCACCUUAAAUACAUGGAUUUGUGCUCUGUUAUAUCACCCUGUUGAACAACACAUGAUAAGAGUUCCUAUUACGCCGGAGGAUGGAGUGGAUAACGAAGCAUUGACUUUGGACGAAAUGCCCAGUAAUAAGAAAUCGAAUAACAUUUUAAAACAAGAGAGCUUCAAAUCCACUAAUGAAAUUGAUAUGUCAAUUUCUGGAAAUUUGCAUUUCCUGAAUUUGGCCCAAGCACUAGAGGGAGUUCAAAACUCUUCACUUAUCAACGAAAGAAACGAGGGAUUCGAUGAAAAAGAAGACGUAAAAGUUAACGAAAGUUCUGAUAUUGCUACAAACGGAAUACGCAAUACAGCAUUUGAUAAUUCCAAUGUAGAACCUAAAGACAAUAUUGUGACUGGCAAGAGUGUGAACAGUGCUUGUCCCAAUACACCGCACAUAAGUAGAAAUAGUUCAAUGCGACACAGCUGUUUAAAUUAUGAAAAUUAUCGUGUCUCUCGUCAACAUAGCAUUGUUUCUGAAAUGGGUACUAUAGCUUUAAACCAAAGAUUAAAUGUUCCUGGAAUGUUCAAGUGCCUCUUCAAAACCCAUUCGUCUAAAAGGAAAAAUACCACAGCUGCAGAUAUAGAACAAGUAAAACAAUCCAACAGCAAUGACUCGGAAAGCGAAGCACCAAUGAAAGAUAAAAAAAAUUUCUUUGAUUUUAGCGUCUUGAAAGAUCCAAUUUACCUACUUAUCCUCAUUUCAAACUCCACCUCUGCAAUAAGUAAUACGAAUUUUAUGAUAUUAUUACCAUCAUAUGCAAUAUCGCAAGGCUUUGAUAAAAAUAUGUCAGCUCUAUUACUGUCCAUUGUUUCUGCCUUAGAUUUGGUUGGGCGCAUAGGUGGAUCAUCCUUAUCAGACAUCGAUUUUAUACCAAAGUAUUACUAUUUUGUGGGUGGACUUGGAAUGAGCGGUAUUGCCUUAGCUUUACUUCCUAUGGCCACCAGUUACACAAUGCUAUCAUUUUUUUGUGCUUUGUUUGGACUUUCGUCGGGAAUGUAUAUUGGAAUAACAACUGUGAUUUUAGCAGAUAUGCUUGGCACUGAGAAAUUAACAUCGUCUUAUGGGAUUUCUUUGUUUGUCAAUGGUGUGCUUCAGCUGAUUGGUCCACCGCUUUGUGGCGUAAUUUUUGAGCAAAUUGGUUCAUACAAACCAAUAUUCCUAGCAUUUGGAAUUAUACUGAUAUUGGGGACUGCUUUAUGGGCGCUAUUUCCCAUGAUAAAGCGAAACCACAGAAAAGAAAUAGAUAGCGAAUAGACGAAUUUAUCUAGACAACUAGACACAAUUAUGGUAAUUCUAUAAUUUUUUGUUAUAGAUUUGGACACAAACCUUAUUUUUUAACUCAUAGCUAUAAUUUUUAAUCCAUACGUUUAUGUAUUCGACUCUCAAUCUUUUAAUCCCUAAACAUAUCCCUAGUAUUAAUUCUGUAACUGAUCGUGUUAUGGGAAUCUUUCUGAUUACUGCAAAAAGCACUUAUUUUAUUGUAUGACAAAGCAUAUUGCAUUUUGCUCCUGUAUAAGGAUUUUGCACUGUUGAAUUGCACUUAAGUUAGCGUAAGGUAAUAGCAUGAAUGCAGUUAGUUGAAUUGACAUUAAAUUUUUUAUUUACUGAUUCUGCACAGUUAAAUUCGUAUUUAUUUCUAGUCAUGUAUAUUUAAGAAUGUACAAACACAUGAAGCCGUCCGUCACUUGUUGAUACUCCUUACCUUGUGUAGUAACUAGUAAGUAGGAGGAACUAUGAAGGGUAAAAUUUAUCCACCAUAAAAGUAAAAUUUGCUAUGUACUUCAAGAGUAUAAUAAAGUACUAAUCGCCAUCUGAUGGAUUUACAUUCGAA